AUGCUAGAGGAGAUUAUUCACAUGCUUGAUAUAUGUAUUGAUGAAAACAGUCCAGAUAGAAAAGAAGCUGAUGAAAAUUUACAACAUUUUAAGUCAGAAAAUCCUCAAACAUUUCUUGAAUAUACUGCUUUUAUCUUAAAAUCUGAAGAAGCAAAGCCAAAUGUCAAAAGAAUGGCUAUGGUUCUUGCAACACAAAUAUUUCCAAGAAAACCCGAAUCUGGAAAUGAGAAUCUUCUAAAUUAUCCGCCAGAGCUUAUUACAGAACUCUUAAAUCUUUCUUAUCAAGAAUUUGGGAGCGAUGACAUCAAAAAUUCCUCAAAUGCAGCAGGUCUUUACGCUAGAAUUGCACUUCAAGAUCUACAAUCAACGAAUCAGUUCGAAACUAUAUCAGCUCUUAUACAGGCAUUAGAUAAUCCGCCAUCUCAUCAAGGACUUGGUGCUGUCACCCGUGUAUUAGAUGAAAUUUGCACUUAUUCUCAACUCGAAGACGAAGAAGUAACUCCAAUGCUUGAUGCAAUUAUCAAACUCAUCAAAGACGGUGAUGCUCCAUACAAAAAGAGUGGUCUUGAAACACUUGUCGUAAUUAUUCAAAAUAUUGACGAAGUUUUAUCAGAUCAAGACAACACUACAGCCAUUCUCGAUCUACUAUUCGAAAUAUUUACGAUUCCAGAGUACAAAGAAGACUGCUACGAUUGCUGGCAGAGCAUUGCAACAAAUUAUUAUCCAUUACUCGAACCAUACCUCAAAGACCUUGUUCCGAUUACAUUUGCUGAUAUGCAAUCAGACAAUACACAAAUUGUGAUGCAAUCCAUAGUUUUUUGGCUCAUCAUUGCACAAUGCGAGUCAAAUGGCGAAGAAAACAUGAAUAUAAUAGCAACAGUUGCUGAAGAACUGAUGCCCCUUUUAUUCUCAAUCGUUGCUUGUUGUCCUUUCCCAGAAGUUUCCGAUAUCGGAGAAAAUGAGCCAUGGACAGUUGCAACAGAGGCUUUGCAGACAUCUAUAUACGCAGCACCUGAAGAAAUCUUCUCUGCGUUGGUAGCUUUGGCGUCACAGCAUAUGAAUUCAAGCGAAUACGGAGCUAGAGAAGCAUCUUUGAUUGCUAUUGGUUCAAUCAUAGAAGCAAGUAGCUCAGAACGUAAUCCGAGUGAGAUCAUUCCUGAUGCCGUAAAUAUUAUCGCUGAAAGAUUGACGGAUGAAGCUCCACGUGUAAGAUAUAACGCUGUACUUUGUUUACAUACGUUUCUGCUUAAUAUCUUGGAACGUGGUGACUCUUGCGCGUUUGCUGCUUUGAUUCCUCAGUUGGCACCUCAUAUAUUAACGAUGUCUGAAACUGUUUUAGGUUUAUUAGAAGAAGAUCAAGAGUUAAUGUCAACAACGGUACUUGCUGCUGUCGAUUUCGUGAGAUUCCCUGGAUUCCCACACGUAGAGAAGUCUCUCCAAUUGAUGUAUAACUUGGCAAUCAAUGGAGAUGUCGAACAAAGCGUAAAUGCUUUCUCAGCUUUGGAAUCAGCGAUCACAUACGCACCAACAUCUGUUCUAGGAUCAAUUUACGAUGAUGUUGUUAAGCUGUUGGGUGGUCUCCUCGAAGCAAAUGAAGAUGCAGAACUUGUCGAAAAAGCUUGUCACCUUUUGGGGAAAUUGUUUUUCGUUUUGGCCGGCCAAAUAGACGAUUAUCUCGAAACCUGCUGGAAUUUACUAUCGGCUGCAUUAGAGCAAUACGAUUCGAUAGGCAAGAAUUUACUAGUACCAAUAGCUGCAUUGGCCAGAGGUACUUCAGUUGAAUUAUUCGCACCUUACAUUGGUAAAUCUGUCGAAUUCAUUAUCUUAGGUUUGCAGCAGGAUAAUUCGGAAGCAAUUGCUAAUGGAUCAAUGGCUGUAUCGUUGCUUACAGAUAAAUAUGAUAUGACUCCUCAUUUACCAGUAAUUAUUCACCAAUUAAGUGAAGCUUUGAAAAUGGAGUAUGUCGAUGAUAUAGCUUCAAUGUAUAUAGCGGAUUGCGUCAAGGAUCUAGCAAAAACAACAAAAAUGCAAGAAUAUAUUUCCCAAAUUUAUCCUCAAUUAAUUGAAAGAGCCGAUGGUUUCGAUAGCUACCAAGAUCUAAUACAAGAAAACCCUAAGGAUGACGACUUACAAGACGAAGUUGAAACAUUAUUGAUUUCAUUUUUGCAAUGUUUCAAGUUUGGCAUUUCAGCAUCAAAUCCUGAGGAUGCUGAAGCCAUUGGAGAAGCAAUGGUCGAUCUUUUAGAAGUAGCUUGUGGCUUAGAAGUCCAUCAUGAGCUAAUUAUUGCAGAAAUCAUUAGAGACAUUGCUUUCCUCAUCGAGAAAUAUCCAGAUCAGAUGAUGAGCUUCAUGGAUAAUGAGCCAGGAUUCCAGGUUUGUAUUGAUUUCGCGAAAGAAGGAAAGAUUGAGUUAGAGAAUGUUCAAAAGAUCAUACAAUUUAUUAUUCAAUGA